CUCCGAGGGAGCGGAGCAGCAGCAGAUGGCGAUGUGAGGACGGGCUGAGCCAGGGGGAUCAUGAUCCGUCGGCUGAGCAGCUCCACCCGUUCCCACACCGAGGACUCCAUCUUCCUCAGGCCGGACGAGGACCCGGUUUGGCUGGAUGAGCCCACAAAAACUGAAAAACUAAGAGAUGGAGGCCCUAAAACAGAUGGGACCCUGGGACACAAAGAGGGACCCAAAGGGGGCCAAGACCCGCAGGGGGAGACAGAGGAGCUGUUUAUGCACAAGGUGUACGCGCUGGUGAUUGAGAUCCACUGCUGGGCGGCGCUCUUCGUCCUCUCCCAGCUCAUGGGAUACUGGGUAUUUUUUGUGGUGGAAGGAAAUGGGCCUCUCUCUUCUAUCUAUAAAGCCCUGCAGGUCAUCGACUUCUACCUGGGCUUUGUCUUACCCUGCAACCCAAUAUUUGGAAUGGACUCCAUGGUGCUGAUGAGAGAGGUGGUGAACACCAAACAGCACAGCUGGAUCGUCCACGGCACCGCGGGCAUCGGCGUGGCCAUCUGUGUGAUCAUGGUCAUACACAUGGUUUGUAAGUGGUGUUAUGGCAGUGGUGUGCGGCCGGCGGCGACGGUGUCGAGGGACCUCGGGGACAGGCGACAGUCUGUGAGCCGCCAGCCCUCCUUCACCCUGUCGGAGUGGACCGACGCCCAGGAGGACCUGCUGGACCUGGACCCUGUGCCCCAGACGCCGGUGUUUGACAUGGGCACCGACACCAGGACAGAGGCCGACGCUGUCACCCUCACUGUCACCCCAGUGGGGCUUCAGGAGAGGAGAGGCUCCAACGUGUCCCUGACCUUGGACAUGUGCACCCCGGGCUGUACGGAGCCGUACGGCUAUGGAGCCCAGCUCUCCCCCAGAGACCAGUCCGCCCAGGAGUACCUCAAGCAGGGAACACACACACUCACACCCGCCCUGCUACACACACGGGCCAUGGAUGACCAGAGCCUGCAGGCGGAGUUUUAUGAAACUCCCAUGAACUUUGUGGACCCGAAGGAGUACAACUACCCAGGACUGGUGAGAAAGAACCGCUACAAAACCAUCCUACCCAACACACACAGCAGAGUGAUCCUCAAGUCACCAGAUGAAGACGAUUUCCUCAGCACCUACAUCAAUGCUAAUUACCUAAAAGGUUAUGACGGCGUGGAGCGAGCGUACAUUGCCACCCAGGGUCCCACCGUCAACACCGUGGGAGAUUUCUGGAGGAUGGUGUGGCAGGAGAGGAGUCCCAUCAUCGUCAUGAUCACCAACCUGGAGGAGAAGAACGAGAAAUGUGCAGAGUACUGGCCCGAGGACACUGUGACCCAUGAGGGCAUUGAGAUCACUGUUGUCACGGUAACCCAGGAGGAUGACUACAGUCUGAGGGUGUUCACCCUGAAGUGUGGGGGAGAGGAGCGCAGUCUGCGGCAGUACUGGUACACCUCCUGGCCCGAUCAGAAGACGCCAGACAAAGCUCCGCCCCUUCUGGAACUGGUACAGGAAGUGGAAAGGGCCAGGGAGGAAGCCCCGCCCACCAGUGGCCCUAUAAUUGUCCACUGCAGUGCUGGAAUUGGUCGAACAGGCUGUUUCAUUGCCACCUCCAUCCUGUGUAAGCAGCUGAGGACCGAGGGUGUGGUCGACAUUCUGAGAACCACCUGCCAGCUCCGUCUGGACAGGGGCGGGAUGAUCCAGACGUGUGAGCAGUACCAGUUUGUGCACCACGUCCUCAGCCUGUAUGAGAAGCAGCUGUCUCACACUGCUGAGGAGUAG